UGCGCAUUAAAGCCUUAAAAUAUUUUCCGAAAAAUAUUUGCUUGAAAAAUAUUCCCUUUUUAACGCUUUGCGACCAGUCAUUAAACAUGUAGCUGAUCAAAUAAUUAAACCUACAUUAUGUGCUAACAUAUUCCGCCCAUUCUAAGAACCUUCAACUGCUCAAAGCAAAGAUGGCAGAAGCAGUCAAGGUUAUCGUGAGAUGCCGGCCAUUGAACCGUCGAGAAAAGGACCUGAACUGCAAAACUGCAGUGAAAAUGGAUGGUAAAGUUGGCCAGUGCACUAUCACUAAUCUAUGUGACCCAAAGAACCAGGUCCCAAAAUCAUUCACUUUUGAUGGAGCUUAUUUCACUGACUCAACUACUGAACAAAUCUAUGCUGAUGUAGGAUACUCACUUGUAGAGAGUGUAACAGAAGGCUACAAUGGCACCAUAUUUGCGUAUGGCCAGACAGGAUGCGGCAAGUCGUUCAGUAUGCAAGGGAUCACUGACCCAGCUACGCAGAGAGGAAUCAUUCCAAGAGCAUUUGACCAUAUAUUUGAGACAAUCUCAGUAUCAGAGGGACAGAAGUAUUUAGUACAUGCAUCCUACCUUGAAAUUUAUAAUGAGGAUGUAAGAGAUCUCUUAGGGAAGGAUGCCAAAUCAAAGUUGGAUCUAAAGGAGCACCCUGAAAAGGGAAUUUAUGUGCAAGGUUUGUCUAUGCAUACAGUGCACAAUGUCAGUGAUUGUAAUACUGUUAUGGAUAGAGGUUGGAAGAAUAGAUCAGUUGGGGCAACUCUGAUGAAUGCAGACUCCUCACGUAGUCACUCUAUAUUCACUAUUAACAUUGAGAUGGCGACCACCCUGGAAAAUGGUGAAGAGAAGAUAAAAGCAGGAAAAUUGAAUCUUGUAGAUUUGGCUGGAAGUGAGAGGCAGGGUAAAACAGGUGCAACUGGAGACAGACUUAAAGAGGCAACGAAAAUUAAUCUGUCCUUAUCAGCCUUGGGUAAUGUAAUCUCUGCUUUGGUGGAUGGCAAGUCCAAACAUAUACCAUACCGUGACUCAAAAUUGACCAGAUUGUUGCAAGAUUCCCUGGGGGGUAACACCAAGACCCUCAUGGUUGCGUGCCUCUCCCCUGCUGAUAAUAACUACGAUGAAACGCUCAGCACUCUUAGGUAUGCUAACAGAGCAAAGAACAUCAAGAAUAAGCCUAAAGUGAAUGAGGACCCCAAAGAUGCACUGCUGAGAGAAUAUCAGGAAGAGAUUCAGAAAUUGAAGGCCAUGUUGAUGGGGCAGGUCCCCAUCCCUGAGGGAGGAUUUGAUGUUCCUGCCCAACCUGCUCAGAAAGGUGCAAAGCCAGUUGCUGCUAUUGCACCUGUUGCUGCAGGCAGCGAAGUGGUGGAAAAGGUUGUACAUGUACAUGACGAAGGAGCACUAGCUGCAGAGAAGGAAAGAAUCAGAGAGGAAUAUGAAGAUCAGCUGAAUGACAUGAAAAGACUCUAUGAGGAGGAGAAAAUUGGGAAAGCCAAGCUCGCAGAGGAGCAUGCUAAAUUACGAGAGUUCUAUGAUUCAAAACUUUCCUCCCUAGAUGUCCAGGAGGGCAUAACUAGUCCGAUGCAAGAUGGUGUUGCAGUAGCAGGUGUUGCUAGUGUGGCUACAACUGCACAGGAUGGUGGGUCAGGGGAGGUCACCCACACAGAUAUGGCACAGCAGAGCUCCCCUCGUACUGCAGACACAAGCCAAUCACAAGUCACCCUCCACACAGCUGCAGUUGGCACAGAGGUUGGGACAGAGAUUGAGCCUGGAAGAAUAGGAGCAGUCAGUGUUACUAGUGUAGAGAGUGGUAGUCCAACUGCCAUAGUUGGGGCUCAACAGGCUGUACAUAUAGAGACCACCCAUGCAGCCCAACAACAUGAGGGCGAGGAGGGGGUGCUUGCCCCCAGGGCGUCACCCACAGGGGAGCAAACCACUGUCAAUCUGGAACACCAAGAGGCAUUGAGAAGGUUAGAACAGCUACAAGCUCAGAUGGUUGGGGGAGAACAGAAAGACAACACAGAAGUGAAAGAGAGGAGGAAGAAGAAAAAACAACAUGUUGAAGUCAGGAAGAGAAAAUUGGCAGAUGCUGUCAAAAAGAUGGAAGAUGAUGGAAUAAUGCUGAAUGUUUACGAUGAUAUCAAUCAGGAGCUCAAGGUCAAAAAUGAACUUAUUGAGAAGGAAAGGCAAAAGGUUACAGCUUUGGACAGAGAAAUCAUUGAUCUCCAGUCAGAGUUUGAGUUUGAUCGUAUCGACUACCUGGCGACAAUCCGCAGGCAAGAGCAAGAGAAUAAACUUAUGCAGGCCAUUAUUGACAAAAUCCACCCUUGUCUCCGUAGAGACUGUAACUAUAGUAACCUUGAUCGGAUAAAAUCACAAUGUAAAUGGGACGAUGAUGCUCAGAAAUGGAUCAUGCCCCAGUUGUUCUUGGAGAAGUCAAAUCUUCCAUCCAUGGGGGUGAUGCCGGGGGGACGUACAGCUGAUAGAAAUCCUGGGAGACAAAAUGGAGAGGUUCAUGCAAGUGCUUAUGAUGAUCCACGGGAGGACAAAUAUCUUCAGAGACUCCAGCAAACAGAGGAUCCUACGCAAGACUACUUCAGAAACAAGCGGGCAGAGAGGCUCCUUUCUGAGACCCAGGAGACACAGCGGAGGCUAGGGGGAGGAGGAGUCGGUCCACCCCGCUCUAAUGGGGGACCUUAUAUGAAUGGCGUUAUGAAUGGGGGGCCGCCUGCGCCAUGGCAACCAGAUAAUAUGUCGGACGAUGCGUUGCGUGCUGCACAGAUUCAUGGACAAAUCAGCUCUGAGGAAUUCCCGAUGCGCAAACCUACCAGGCUUGAAUCAUUGAAGCCAACCUCGGCAAAAAAAACGAAGCAAAAAGAAAAAUAUGCUCGAGCCAUUAUGAAAAUAUUUUAA